AUGAUUGUAAAGGAGCAUGCUGUUGGUACUGAACUGGUGAUGAGUAAUGUCAUUGGGGAGGAGGAAAUUGAUUUUUCUUGUGAUCCAUACGUAGGGUUGGAGUUUUUCAAUGCUGAUGAUGCACUUAGGUAUUAUAUAUCAUAUGCUACUCGAAUGGGAUUUAAAGUUCGUAUUGGUCAGCUUUAUCGGUCCAGGACUAAUGGAUCGGUUUCUUCUCGAAGAUUUGUGUGUUUGAAGGAGGGACAUCAGCUCAGCUCAAGAACUGGCUGUCCAGCAUUCAUAAGGGUGCAGUUAAAUGAUUCUGGGAAGUGGGUUGUUGACCAUUUUCACAAGGAGCAUAACCAUAAUCUUGAAAAUGAAAGUGAAAAUUUCGCUCCAACGUUGCAGCCGAUAGCUUCUGCCACGGUUGAUUCUUCAACCGGAAUCACUCGCAGGCCAAGGAAGAAAUUGCUUGAAGUAGGCAAUGGUGAACCUAUUUCUCCUUUUGGUGUUAUUAAUUUCAAGCGUCUGAGAAAAGAAGAACUUGAAGGACAGGCCAGGAUCGAACCACAUGUUGGUCAAGAGUUCAGUAGCCCUGUUGAAGCCUACCAAUUUUAUCACACCCAUGCAGCAUAUAAGGGUUUUAGAAUUCGAAAUGGUCAAUUGUUUCGUUCUAAAAAUGACGGGGGUAUUACAUCACGACGCUUUGUGUGUUCAAAAGAAGGGUUCCAGCACCCUUCAAGAGUUGGUUGUAAGGCCUAUUUAAGGAUUAAGAGACAGCCAUCAGGAAAGUGGGUAGUCGACCGUCUUGAAAAAGAUCAUAAUCAUGACCUGGUCCCUGAAAAGGAAACUAGGACAGCAAGUCUUCCUGCUUCUAAUAUUUUAACUGAGGUGGUAAACACUGAAAUGGUGAACAGCGACAUGUUUAGGAUAGAUAACUACCCUGUCCUGAGAGGAGGUAGACAAAACCACAUCAAAAGUGAUUGGUAUAACAUGCUUUUAGAGUAUUUUCAGUCAAGACAAGCUGAAGAUACAGGUUUCUUUUAUGCCAUGGAAGUUGAUAAUGGUAAUUGCAUGAGCAUAUUCUGGGCUGAUGGCAGAUCUAGAUAUUCAUGUAGUCAAUUUGGCGAUGUCCUCGUUGUAGACACGUCGUAUAGAAAGAGCCUCUCUAUGGUACCUGUUGCACCCUAA